AUGGAUAAAUCCAAAGACGUUGAAGCAGAAAAUGGACAAGUUAAAGAAAAAACCAAGGCCUUGAACGACGGUUCUAUUUAUGGGUACGAGUCGCUUUACUCUCUUCUAAGCGCAAAUCUCAAGCCUGAGCUCUUCCAGGAAGUUAACCGCUUGCUUCUGGGGCUUAAUUGUGGAAGAGCAAUUGAUACACUAGAUCUUCCAGAAUCCGCUAAAGCUCUCUCUUCAGAAUAUGAAUUUGACCUCCAGGCUUUUUGCUUUCGUGCAAACAAAGAGUUUUUUAGAGAACCACGAGCAGUUAGGGUUGGCCUUAUUCAGAACUCCAUAGUUCUUCCAACAACAGCCCCUUUUCUGGAACAAAAGAGGGCUAUCUUUCAGAAAUUACAGCCAAUCAUUGAGGCUGCCGGUGCUUCGGGAGUCAACGUAUUAUGCCUACAAGAAGCAUGGAUGAUGCCAUAUGUCUUCUCUACACGGGAGAAGGGGUGGUGUGAAUUUGCAGAGCCUGUUAAUGGGGAAUCAACCAAAUUUCUUCAGGAUCUCGCACUAAAAUAUAAUAUGGUUAUUGUAAGUCCAAUUAUUGAGAGGGAUGAUAGUUGUGGAGAGACUCUUUGGAAUUCAGUUGUUGUAAUCGGAAAUCAUGGCAACUUAAUUGGCAAGCAUAGGAAGAACCAUAUACCCGGAAGUGUAGACUUGAACGAGAGCUCAUUCUAUAUGGUAGACAACACUGGGCAUCCUGUUUUCGAGACGGCUUUCGGAAAUAUAGCUGUUAAUUUAUGUUAUGGGAGGCACCAUCCUUUGAAUUGGUUAGCUUUUGGUUUGAAUGGUGCAGAGAUUGUUUUCAACCCUUCUGCUUCCACUGGCGAAACCAGUGAACAAAUGUGGCCUGUCGAGGCCCGUAGUGCUGCAAUAGCAAACAGUUACUUCGUUGGGUCGAUCAAUCGUGUUGGGACUGAGAAAUUCACCCACCCAUGCACUUCCAGUGAUGGCAAACCUCAAAAUUUUGGGCAUUUCUAUGGAUCCAGUCAUUUUUCAGCCCCAGAUGCUUCUUGCACUCCAUCUCUUUCCCGUAACAGGGAUGGACUGCUUAUCUCAGACAUGGAUCUCAACCUUUGUAGGCAGAUAAAAGACAGGUGGGAAUUCAGAACGACUGCCAGAUGUGAGUUGUAUGCAGAGUUGCUUGCUCAUUAUCUGAAGCCAGAUUUUGAGCUCCAAGUCAUUGCUGAUCCCUUUAAAUAAGAAUUCUAUGUACAUUUCUGAGUGUUAGUAAGGGUUAAAUCGUGUAAGAAUUAAAAUAAUUGAAAGCUGUAUUGGGAUAAUAUCUCAUUUUAUCUGUCAAAAAUAAAUUACUUCAGUGUUUAUGUUUUU